AUGUUUUCAAGGGCUGUUUUCCGGAAUGCCCGGGAAUUGAGGGCAGUCUCAUAUAUUCCUACAAGUUCACCGGCUUUUUUUGCCGGAAGUCGAGCAUGUUUGCAUCAAGCUAUAGCAGGAGCUCAAUUCAAAGCUACACAACCCGAAAUACCUCCCCAGGAAGAGGCAGAAGUCCCUGAGCCGUUUUCUCACCUCCCACCAGGCUCAAUUCCGGAAGUGUUUCCAACCACGAUCCCAGUAGCGAGAUCAGCUGUGCCGCCUACAUUUACGAGCCCGCUAGAACUCACGCCCGCAAUCACGACCCUUCUACCAGACCUUGCAACCCAACCUUCACAUUAUAUAACCGCUCACCUACACGCGCGACCCUACCUGCUCACAGCCGGUGACACGCUUCGACUACCCUUCCGCAUGCCAAAUGUCCAGGCAGGCGACGUCCUCCGUUUAAACCGAGCAUCGAAUAUCGGCUCGCGAGACUUUACGUUGAAGGGGGCACCGUAUCUUGACGAAAGGCUCUUUGAAUGCCGAGUGCGAGUAUUGGGGGUAGAGGCCGAACCAAUACGGAUCAAGGAGAAGACCAAGAGGAGACAGAGACACGUACGAAGAGUUAAGAGCAAACACAAGUUUACGAUUUUGAAGGUGGUGGAUGUCAAGGUUAAGCAGGUUGAUGAGCUGCUUGCGGAGGGCGCUAAGAUAGUCGAGUGA